UGCGCGCCCUUUGGCUUGAAUUUGUGGCAGUAAUCCACAUAUGGAAACUCUCAUAAUUCACGUGAAAUGCUGUACUUGCUACGCAUCAUCGCCGAGACACGUCGCCCCAUCUCUCCUUACACCGCGACAUGAAGCUCAAGGAAAUCCACAGGACGUCGACCUUUGCAUGGUCGCCGUCGCCAUCGUUGCCGCUGCUGGCGACGGGAACGGUCGCGGGCGCACUCGACGAGUCCUUCAGUAAUAAUGGCCAACUCGAAAUAUGGGCCCCGGACUUCUUGGACAAAACACAGUAUGACCUUGGUCAGGAGGGCCAGGCGGGGCCCAAAGCGUCGGUCACGACUACAUCACGAUUCAACCGGUUAGCAUGGGGCUACACGGACGCAAGUCGACCGCGCGGGGUGCUCGUCGCGGGUAUGGAGAACGGAGAGUUGGACAUCUGGGACCCUGCGAAGAUUGUCGCACAUGCGGACCCUACAGAAUCCCUAAUCUUGCGCAACUCUACGCACACUGGUCCAGUACGCGGACUUGACUUCAACCCGAUCCAAACAAACUUGUUUUCGUCGGGCGCGGUCAAUGGCGAGAUCUACAUCUGGGAUCUUAGAGAUCCUAGCAAACCCUACUCGCCUGGCACGCGAAGCACGAAACUCGACGAAAUAACGGCCCUCGCAUGGAAUCACCACGUCCAAUAUGCUCUGGCGGCAUCCAGCAGUACCGGUUACACCGUUGUUUGGGAUCUUCGAGGCAAGCGGGAGGUCGCAGCCUUGACUUACGGUGGUGGUGCCGGUACAAUGGGAGGUGCCAUGCAAGGAUUUGGCGGCGGGAUGGCUAUGGGUGGUAGACGUGGCAUGAGCGAUGUCGCAUGGCAUCCCGACAACGCAACACGUCUAGUGACUGCAUCCGAAGACGACACGUCGCCCGUCAUCAUGGUUUGGGAUCUGCGGAACGCUCGUGCGCCCGAGAAGAUCCUCACCGGACAUGAGAAGGGUGUCCUGUCGCUGUCAUGGUGCAAGCAAGAUCCGGAUCUCCUGCUGUCGUGCGGCAAGGAUAACCGCGCUCUGUGCUGGAAUCCGCAAACGUCAGAGAUCAUCGGCGAGCUCCCGUCUGCAGACAACUGGGCGUUCCAGGUGCAGUGGUGUCCCCGGAACCCUGACCUGUUUGCCACCGCGUUCUUCGACGGCACCAUCGGUAUCCACUCUAUCCAGUCCACGAACGAGGCCGCGCAUGUGCCGCCCGUCACACCGCAGUCAGACGGCUCUGAUAUCUUCGGCGCUCCUGGUUUCUCUCGCGCGUCGCAGGCGACUCUCUCUCUGAAACACCCGCCGAAGUGGUUGCGCCGGCCUGUCUCGAGCUCGUUCGGUUACGGCGGCAAGUUGGUCAGCGUCUCAAACCUGCCCUCUGCCCAGGGCAAGACGCAAAGCAGCGUUGUGCACACCCGGAAGGUCGUCACUGAGCCGUCGAUCGCGGAACGCGCAACGAAGCUGCAGGCCGCGGAUGAGGGCGAGGCUCUGAGCACCUUCGCGGAGGAGAAGACGUCGGAAGGCAAGGUUGCUGAGGCUUCUGCUAGCUGGAAGGCGCUGCUCAGCCUGUUCAAGGCCAACUCGAGGGAUGAGCUCAUCACGCUGCUUGGGUUCUCGAAGGAGGAGGUGGCCGCUCGCGUGGCAGAAGCUGUCGAAAAGUUGACGGCCUCCGCUGAAGCCUCUGCGACACCCAUCGAGGAUGACAUCACCGAGGCAGCCUCUGAUACAGGCUACAAGCCGCCCGUGGUCUCCUUCGCAGAACCCGAGAGCGAAGCACGCUCUGACAGUGGGGGAGAGGAUAUUGACGAGACCGGUUCCACUGCAGCGGAAGCGACGCCGUCUGAGGUCAGCGCAAGCGCCGCGUCAGAUAACACCAACAUCCCUGUAGCCGAUGCCGAGUCUACUACUACUGCCCCCAGUCUCUUCGGGGACGAUAUCAUCGGAACGCCGCAAACAGAUGCUGCCGCCGACUUCUUCGGUAGCAUUGGUACUGGGCAGAGGGACGAUGAUCAGAUCCAGAUCCCGCACAGGAACUACGGUCUGGACUCCUCCGUGGCGGCGACAAUUGGUUCGGGACCGUCCUCUGUGGCAUCUGAGGCUCUGCAGAGCAACACAUUCAAGAUUUAUCCCCCCGACGAGUCUGAGACUGACCGCUUGGUUACGAAGGCUCUCGUUCUCGGCGACUUCGACUCCGCGGUGUCUCUCUGUCUCUCGUCUAAUCGCUUUGCAGACGCCAUCCUGCUCGCGGUCAAAGGUGGUCCACAGCUUUUGCAGAAGACGCAGAAGGCGUACUUCGAACGCCAGACCACUACUCUACCGUACUUGCGUCUAUUUCAGUCGAUCGUCACCAACGACCUUGCUGAUAUUGUCCAGAAUGCCGACCUUCAGGAGUGGCAGGAGAUCUUCGUCGUUCUCUGCACUUUCGCCAGUCAGGAGGAGUUCUCUGGCCUUGCAGAACAGCUCGGCCAGCGUCUCGAAUUCCAGUCGAGCCUCGCGAAGGUGUCAGGCGCUCCUGAAGCCGAGGACAAGGCGGCGGAAUUCAGGAGGAAUGCAACCCUGACGUACCUCGCUGCCGGUCGUCUCGAGCGAUUGGUGAACAUCUGGAUCGAAGACCUGGCCGAGGAGGAGCAUCGUCUACUCCAGGACGAGAGUCUGCAGGGCUCUCGAUACACUGCGCACGCGCUUGCUCUCCAGACCUUCAUCGAGAAGGUUACUGUCUUCCGCAGCGCGAUCAAGUAUGAGGAUACGGACCUGAGUCAGAAGACAAACGGCGAGGACGUGGAUGACAUCACCUACAAGCUCUCCGGCCUCUACGAUCGCUACUUCGAGUAUGCUGACCUGCUCGCUGCUCAGGGGCUGGCUAAGCAGGCUGUUGCGUAUCUCAAGCUCACUCCGGAUGAGUACCAAGGUUCCGCAGGUUCACCUUUGGAUUUCAAGGUCAUCAGGGACCGUCUACUGAAGGCCUCUGGAGAGCAGCGGCUUCCUCCACGGUCUGCCUCGUUACAAGCAACUGCCAAGGCAGUCCCAGUGACCUCCUCCAGCUCGGCGUAUGGGUAUCCGGCAUACAACGCCCCCACUCACACUCAACCGGCCGUCGCAACUCAGGCUCCUGCGGCACCGUCGUCAUUGUACGACCCGUAUGGUAACGGUUCGACGGGCGCUCCGAAUGCGGCCAACCGAUAUACUCCUGCCGCUCCUGCAGGAAACCUGUACGCGCCUCCUGUCCAGGCCACGCAACCAGCACAACCAUAUCAGGCAACGGCCCCGAUGACCUAUCCCAACGCAGGCCCGUACGGCCGCCCAGCGUCUCAGCCUCAGCCAGUUGUCGGUCAGGUGCCUCCCCCACCUACCAUCCUCCCUCCUCCGCCGCCAAGAGCUGCGAAUGCAACACCGUCCGGCCCGCCGCCGCCCCCGAAGCGUGACGCAGGUGGAUGGAAUGAUGCGCCAUCAAGCAUCGCGCAGCGACGCGGCACUGGCCCCAAUAGCAGACCGGCUGCCAUCACUGCUCCCUUCCCCAACGCGCCGAUGUCUCCUAGCCUGCCUAGCACGCCGAGCUUCGGUCACGGUCAACAGCCUAGCUUGCCACCACCUCCGCGUCCUGGAAGCGUACAACAACGACCUCCGCCACAACCCCAGGGCCAGCGUAUGCCGCCUCCGCCGCAGGGUGGUUCGGGACCAUACCCUCCCCCGCGUCCUCCAUCGGGUCCCCCCAAUGUCAUGGCUCCCCCUCCUGGUCGAAUGAUGAUGUCGCCGCCGCCCGGUCCUGGCAUGACACGGUCGCCGCAAGCACCUGGCUCUAGUCCAUACGGGCCGGCGCCUACGCUGCCCGGCCAGACGCCGCCUCCCAUGCAGGGUCGACUGCCUCCUGGUGCUCCGCCGCAGGGUGUGCCGGGUCCGUCUGGUCCGUAUGCGCACCCGACACCCCCGCCCCACGGCCCGCCGCCGAUGGGUCCUCCUGGCCAGUCGCAGUUCGCUCAUCCCCCGCCGCCGCAACAGCAGCAACCGGGCCCGCAAGGACAGUUUGCGCCCCCGCUGCCGCGGAUGAACGCUCCUCCUGGCGGUGCGCCCCCUCAGGGCCCCCCGCACGGCCCGCCGCGAGGUGCACCGACUGGUAAUGGCUCGGCAGCGCUGGGACGUACAGGCCCGCCGCCGUCGAAGUAUCCUCCUGGUGACCGUAGCCACAUCUCCGACGAGAUACAACCGGUGUACGUUGUACUUUCUGGCCAACUGGAGCGGCUGAAGCAGACCACCCCGCCUUCACAAAAACGCCUUGUGGAUGACCUUGAAAGGAGGAUCAAUCCGCUAUUCGACGCACUCAAUUGCGAUACAUUGUCGAAGCCCGUGCAAGAAAAGCUGCUCGUACUGUCUCGAGCGAUCGAGGCUCACGAUCGUGAUGGGGCCAUGGCACUGCACAUGGACCUCCUCACGACGGGUUCGCUCACGGAUGAUAUUGGCUUGUGGAUGUCGGGCGUGAAGCAGCUCAUUCUGCGCCUGUAGGGCUCCGCUGCAAUGACAAUGUUUAAAGGGAUGGGAAGAAAAACUGUAGGACAAUGAUAUUGCGCUGGCGUAGACGUAUUAUGAUUUCGUGUUGCAAUGAAUGUUCUCAUGGAUGGCUC